CCUAUGGCGCCCUCAAAGCCAUCUGCAGAGCUCGUGGCGUUGGCGAAGGAGCAGCUUCGACUUCCGGCAAGGGCCCCUGACUCUGCGCUGCCACAGAGCUAUAUUGAGGAGCUUGUGAAGCACGCUAGUAUUCAGCCGCUGGACAGUCAUUUUCGUAUCACGCUGGAGCCUAAAAGAGGAUAUGGCACCAUCAAAUGCCUUGAAGAAGGAUGUGGCAUCCCCAUCCCACUUGGUCCUAGGUCUGGAGUAUCUGACGGGGGCAAAAAGCAUGGGUUUGGAUCGUUGAAGAACUAUCGUGUUCACGUCUCAACGAGCGCGACGCAUAAAGCUGCUCGCCAUCGUCGAACAAAACCUAUGAAAGCGGACCCUACGGGCACCAGUACCUCGUCAACAAAGUCCCUUGUUAAACGGGGCAGCCUUCUUGAUGCACUAGAUGGAUCCCAACGUCAUUCUCUGUCGAAACCUUUAAACAAGAACCAACCUGAGGGGAAAUCGAACUCUCGCAAGCGGCCCUCUUCCACAUUUCCUCUUGAUCAAGAAACCGAGAACUACUCAACUCCACCUUCUCCCCCCAAGCGCCCCAAAGUUGAUUCCGCCCUACCAUUUGCCCACGUCGACACUAACACACAGUCGCACGUGUAUUCUUCGCCGGACGCGCCUCGUGAGCACCAUAACACGAAGACCAAGAUAGCCACUGCGGGGGAAGCCUCGGCCGCUCUGACCAAAGCGCAAAGCACUCUGGACUCGACCCAAGCCGAGAUCACUCAGCUUCAGGCUAAACGUCAAAGGACCGCCACCGACGAUGGCCGCCUUGGAGUGCUCUGGCCACAGAAGUGGAAGCUCGUUCCCGAAGUACAGCGGCUUCAGUCUCUGGUUACGACCCUGACCCCGAUUCCCCCGAAAACUUCUACGUCGGGGGUUCUGCCGACAAGCAGUGCUGGAUCAUCGAAGAGGAUGCUCGCUCCUGUCCCCGCAACGGUCACGAAACAAGAAGCUUCUCAAUCUGUAGCUGCUAUCAGAGGCGGGGUGCACUCAGAUGUGCCUUCAGUCAAGCGUGAAGAUGUCGCAACGUCGAUAAGCGCGCCACCUGCGUAUCUGAAGGCGGAGCAAGGUGUUAAAAAGGAAGAACCUCCGUCUCUUAAUGAGCCGCCCCUUCUGCCACCAAAUAUCCCCCAUCACUAUAAAAGCGAAUACAAUAACGAUGCUAUGAAGACAGACGAUGAUAGUGACUCAGAAGAAGAAAACAUCUACGAUCUCGGAAGAAGUUAUGCGACCACUUUCGCAAAUCCCGAAGACCUUAAUCAGUUCCUCCUCUCCGCUGGCAAUGCAGAGCAGUUCGAGGGUAAUGAAAGCGUUGACAAUGCUCUGCAGCGUCUGGGCCUUCGUGCUCAACAUGAACACUUGCCGGGCAUGACAAUAUCGUUGCUUGCGCACCAGGUCAUCGGGGUGGCAUGGGCUCUGGAUCGCGAGAAACACCGCGAUAAGGGCGGCUGCCUGGCCGACGACAUGGGUUUGGGUAAGACAGUGCAGAUGAUUUCUGUGAUGGUUUCGAACCGCGGUGACGAUCCGGCACGAAAAACCAACCUCAUCGUUGCACCCACCGCACUGCUGGACCAGUGGGCGAUGGAGAUUGAAACAAAGACUGACUGCGGUAUGAAGUGUCUUAUUUACCACGGUUCGAGUAAACCUAGAAAGCGCAGCGAACUCCAAAAAUAUGACGUCGUCCUAACGACAUAUCAGACGUUGGCUUUGGAGUGGCCAGACCCCGAGGCAGAUGAGAAGGAAAAAAGGAAGAUGGCGAAGGCGAAGAAGAAGGAUAAUUGGAUUGUAUCUGAUUCCGAUGAUGGAGGGACGUCCAGAGCUAAGCCCAAGAAGAAAAAACAGCGUGGUCUGCUGUUUGAUAUGGACUGGUACCGUGUUAUACUGGACGAAGCCCAAUACAUUCGCAACCGUAGCACCAGAGGUUCUCGCUGCGUCACCGACUUAGACUCGGUUUAUCGCUGGUGCCUGACUGGCACGCCCAUUGUCAAUGGCCUGUCAGACGCGUACGCUAUUUUCCGCUUUCUGAAGAUUAGGCCUUGGUACGACUGGGCUGAGUUCCGUGGCCACAUUGCUAAGUAUGAGAAAACAAGAGUAAACUUGGCAACGACGCGUCUGCAAGCCAUAUUUAAGGUGAUGCUGUUGCGUCGUAAGAAAGACUCUACCCUCGACGGAAAGAAACUUGUCGACCUUCGUCCUAAGGUCAUUGAGCUCGAGAAGCUCGAGUUCGGCCAAGAGGAGGCCGACAUUUACAAGAUGGUUGAAGCUCGUUCGCAGGCUACAUUUAAUAGGUUUCUCCGUGCGGGCACGGUCCUCAAAAACUACCAUCAAGUCCUGGUGCUUUUGCUGCGGCUGCGUCAAAUUUGCGUGCACCCCGCUUUGAUCCAGGAGGACGGCCAUGCAUUAGUACUGCAUGACGACACUGUUUAUAAGCGAUCUGCAAAGGAGGAGCGUGCUAGAGCAGCUGAGGCUAUUGGUCACGGCUUUGUCAAGAGCUUACGAGCGAAGUUCAAGGCGUCGAUGGAGGAGCGAAUGGAGGCGGAGAAAGAGUCCGCGGACGCGAUGAUCGAUGCCGACAUGGAAUGCCCUAUCUGCACGGACACGUUCACGGACGCCGUCGUCACUGCGUGUUCCCACUCUUUCUGCCGCGAGUGCCUAGUUGACAUCCUCAACCGUCCGCUCGCUCAAGGCAAUGAUGAUAGCGGUCCAAAGUAUAAGUCCAAUGAAAGGCCUUGCCCGACCUGUUGUUCGCCCGUCUCAGGCGAUAAGAUUUUCUCUCGUGAAGCUUUUGAGCCUUCAGAGGAGGAGUUGAAUGGCACGGCUGCUCGCUCCAGCUCGCCCAUACCAGCGGAGGUCGAUUCUGACGAGGAGAUCGAGGGUAUUCUCAGCGUACCAUCGAGGAAUAUCCGACGCAGCUCGCGUGGCAACGCAAAGCGGCGGGCCUCGUACGCGUAUGACUCCGAAGACGACUCGGAACACGGAGACGAAGACGACGAUCUCAGCGACUUCAUUGUACAUAGCGACGAAGAUGAGGACGAGAAAGAUGCCCGUAUGGCGCUGAAGAAGCGUCGGCCUCGACGACGUGCGAUGGUCAUUGACUCGGACGACUCGGAUGAAGAGAUUAUCAUCGCUCCGAAGAAACCAGCGCCGGCCAAAGAGAUUUCUCCUGGGGACACCCAGGAUGUGCAGAUGAUGCCGAGAUUCUUGCCUUCAACUAAGAUGAAGAAAAUGAUGGAAUAUCUACUUCGUUGGGCUGAAGAGCAUCCAGAUGACAAGGUUAUUGUUAUCUCGCAAUGGACCGAGGCCCUCGGCCUGGUGUCAAACUAUCUGCUUGAGAAUCAUAUCACACAUGUCAAGUACCAAGGCAACAUGAGCCGAGCUCUACGCGACGCAACAGUGCGAGCGUUCCAAAGUCGCGACAAGGCCCGAGUGUUGCUCAUGUCGCUCAAGUGCGGAGGCGUUGGUCUCAACCUGACGCGUGCCAACCGUGUUAUCUCCCUGGAUCUCGGAUGGAGCGAGGCCAUCGAGGCCCAGGCCUUCGACCGUGCCCAUCGCCUGGGUCAACUCAAAGACGUUGUCGUGCAGCGCUUGGUCAUUGCUAAUACCGUCGAGGAUCGCGUACUGGCUCUGCAGGAGCGGAAGCGUAGCCUCGCUGAUGGUAGUCUCGGCGAAGGGAGUGGAAAGAAAAUUGGACGAAUGAGCGUUAGAGAGUUGGCCAGCUUGUUCGGUCUUGACCAUCGGGGCAACGUUUUAUAAUUUUGCACUUGAUCAACUACGGAGAUGCGCUUUGACGCGCUCAACAACAUACCCUCUACUUAUAUUGUCACUUAUUCUUGUUCUCCGCGGAUUUUCUUCAGCACCUUCAGCAUAACACAUCAUUAAUCAUUCCUGGCGCGUCCUCUCUUAAACAUUACAGAACCUAGUAAUCCAUUUUACAAGGCUCACUUCUAGUGCUUACUAUAAAACUUCUCUCGUUAUUUGUACUUUCUUACAGCACGUAGUUUACUUCCUUCUUCGAUCACUGUAAAUCAAGCUACCUAGAACACCUUGUACUCUCCUAGACGCCUUUGAUGACAUGACAACUCUCGCUUCAAAUAGC